UUAGUAAUUAAGAUAAUUUUAUGUGACCGACAUCUAUACUGUGAUACGGGUCCAACCUCGUCCCUAGCAUUUCCCGUAUAAGUUAAUUCCUUUAGGGUACUCCUUGUGUUACAGACAGUUUGUGGGGUGGCGAAAAAAGGGUCUGCAAACGAUGUUGAGUGACGCUAUAUUUUUAUAGCACUGGGAACGAAUUUAGUCGCUCCGAUCUAAAAAUCCCAGGAAAAAAUACGCCCAAACGACCGACUGACUUAUUCUUGCCGGGUCUUCAGGACCCGAACAUAACAUAUUUUUGAUGGUGGACUUAUGUGUAUUUUUGUGAUAAAUUUAAAUGGGGGAAGCUAUUGAUAACUCUGGUGCACAUGCUGACAUGUUAUUUCUAUGUUCUUAAAGCAAAGUAUAAACAUUAUGUCACACUGAAACCCUUAUGUACAUUCAUAUUUCAUGUUUACUGUGAUUAUCUAUAUUUAAUGUUUGUUGACAUUGGUUUGUAAGAUAAAAAUAUUUUUGUAAAAGAAAUCAUCCCUUCAAAAAUUGUUUAGACCACACCACACCUCUUUUGUGAAAAUAGUCCUGCUGAAAGUUGUUUGCCUGUGGCCCCUAAGAAUUGCAUGUACAAGAAACUACUGUAUUUAUUUGUAACAUUUUGCUUUGCUUUUUUUUCUCUUUAUAUAAAGGAAUGUUGUAUCUGGGUGCAGGCCAUUUCGUGAGAGGCGUGCGAUCGCAGGCGCACGCCCCCACACACGUGCAGAUUUGUUUAGGUGUGCGAUUCAUUGCACGCGCAAAACGUUGCCAUAAUUAAAAGUUAUUGUAUUUAUAACAAAGAAAAUUUAUUAAAUAAACCUUAAAAAUAAACUAUCAUUCUUUUACUGAACUCUAAAAAUAAACGGUCAUUCUUUUACUGAACUUACAAUAGAUUGCACGUGAGCAGUCUUUACCAAAUGUUGAUAAUGUGAAUUUAAUUGCUACCAUUUGCUUUUAUUCUUUCUUUUUGCCGACCAAGGGGUAUAUUAUGCAGAACAGAUAUAGGUUGCUAACGACCUAGUGUGUGGCCACUAUCUUUUGAAGAAUUUGUUUCUUUUUCCUUUCAAAUUUUGUGAACCAAUGAAAACAUUGACAUUGUUAAUGAUGGGAUCGUCGAUAUUUUAUUUUGUUUGUUCAGUUUGGUUUAAUGUGGAGAUUAUAUCAGCGCUAUAAGUUUUUUUUAAAAAUAUCUGAAAAAAGAACGAAAGGAAAUAAAGUUGAAUUAAAAACUUUUGAAAGUUGGGGUAAAUCAGAUAUUCUUGUUUGGAAGACAGAGGAAAAAGAUGGAAAGGUAUUAAUGAACUAUGUUUGGUGUAAAGUUUGUACGAGGUAUAAAACGGAAAUUACUUCUCGAUUAAAAGGAAAUGCGAAGACAGCUGCGUUAGCGUUAUAAACGGUACAAAUGUGAUAACAAAAUACCAGAUUAACAUGACAGAAGUUGAUGAAUGUAAUCCUACAACUCGUGAUCCAUUUCAAUUAGAACUUCUGGAAGCUGUUAUGCGACACAGAUCACGCUCAGGUGAAGUUAAAGAGGAGAACAACAACUAUCAGAAAUUUGAUCCUGUCAUCAAUGAGAAAAUGUCCAAAUAUUCUUCAAAACAACAGUUGGAGCAAUCGAAACACAGAUAUAUUUUCACAUCUCUGUCUGACAAUGAAGAGGACAAUGAUGUUGUGGUGACAAAAAAUAAAAGUAAAACGAAUGAUGAUUCGAGUCAGAAAAAUAUAAAUGAUAGAGACAAUUUUCUGAACGCGUUUUUAGACAUAGAUUUAAACCAAAAGCAUCAAACACAUGAACCUGUUCCAGAGCCUAGACAUAAUGUAACCCGUGAAGCGAAAGGUAAUCGUCCAAUUCCACAGCCUAGAGUUAAAACACCACGUCAGGAGGACGCAAUGAAAUUCAAACGAGGUAAAGAGUAUGAUGGGAAACGAUAUGCACACGAUACGAUAGAAAGCAAUCCAAUAGACUAUCUGAGAAAUAACAAGAACGAAAAACACGAUAUGAAGGUUAAACUCGAUAUAAACGAUAAACACGAUGACAAAUCGAGUCGAUACAAAGAACGUUAUGAUAAAUUCGAUAAAACUGACGGGAAAAGAGAGCGAAAUGACAACAGUUUCGACGCAAAAUUUGUUGAUAACAAGUAUGGAAGACUAAACAAAUUUGAAAAUAGUGAGAACAAGAAAUUCGAAAACAAGAAGGAUAAUCAUGACGAAAUAUUUGAUAGUUUUGAUAUGAAAAGCAGUCACUCGGAAGAAAAGACUAACGAUCGUUUCGACAAGCACAGUGCAGAAGGCUUAAAGAGCGGGGAUAGUAAGAGAGGCCCUUACGGUAAAGAAUUUGAAAAGUUUGAUGGUAAUAUGAUGAGCUCUAGUGAAAAGAAAGCUGUAAAAAGGGACGAUUUAGUGAGACAAAGGUUAGAAGAAAAACCACGUAGAGAUGAUUUUUCCAAUUCUAACCGAAAAUUUGAAGAACGAGGCAGCGAGAAAAAAGAAGCAAACGAACCAACGUCAAGGUCACGACAUACAGGAGAAGGAUCGAAAAGAAAUGUGUAUGGAAAUCAUAGCGAGCCUGGACACUCUCCUGAAAAAGGCCUGGAUCAAAGUUUUUCUCGCUCAACUGAAAAAAUAAAUAAAUAUUCGCCACGCGCACGUAAGCAACUAAACACAGGGGAGAAGAGUCGAAUGGAUAAAAAAGAGUUAGAUCGUAACGGUGACAGUAAAUUCCUAGAAAACUCCAGUGGUGAUCUUGACAGAGAUAUCUCGCGCUCGGGUGAAAGAUUUGACAAAAAUUUAAAAACCUCGAGUAAAAACAUGUCGCGUUCUAACGAAAGGCUGAGUGAAGAACUUUUCCGCUCAAAUAAUAACGAGUUAAAAAAAAGCUCGCACUUGAAUGAAAGAGUGGACAAACCUUCGAAGUAUUCGAGUGAAAAACCUGAAAAGCAUUUCUCGCGGUCAGCCGAAAAAAUUGACAAAAAUUCAACACGCUCAACUGAAAGACUGGAAACAAAAUCUCCACGCUCAAAUAAAAAACCCGAAAACAAUUCCUUGCCGCCUGGUGAAAGACUCGACAAAAACUCGUCACGCUCAACCGAGAAUGUAAACAAAGACUUCCCCCAACCGACUGUGAAAUUUGGUAAUAAGAAUUUUACUGGUUUAAAUGAAGAACUGGACAAGAGUUUAUCCCGCUCUAAUGAGAGGCUAAACAAACAUAUUUCACGUGCACAUGAAAGGUCAAGUAAAGAUUUAUCGCAUCCUAACGAAAAGAUGAAUGAAGGUUCUCUAAAUAACAGACAUAAUAAUUUAUCACAUCCGAACGAGAGGGUGGAUCACUCUUCAGCGCAAUCGAACGAAAAAUUUGAUACGCGUUUAUCCCAUUCCAACAAAAAAUCGAAUAAAGACAUAUCAACUACGCAAGACAUUGGUGUAAGACGACAGGAUGAAACUUUUGAUCGAAAUCAAGAAUUGUAUCCUGAUAAAAAUACAUAUAAGAGGUUUGACGACAGAGACAGAAAAGAUGAUUUUUCGAUGAAAGAAACGGAAAAUGAUUUAAGAAGGUCUGGGAAUAGACAUUUUGAUGAUAGGGCGCCAAAAGAAGCGAAAAGUGAUUUACUGCAAAAAGAUAGAAGUGCGCGGGAUUUUCAUAACAGUGUUGAACCUCUUUCUUCGCUCCAUGAUGAAAGAAAAGAAAGAAAAUUGAAUAAAGAAAAAGAAGAAGACAAAUCGAAAGGGAGAUUUCAAAAUAAGGAGUUGGAUCAUGCAAAGCAAAACACGCCCGAAUAUUAUCAAGUGGAUAGAUUGUUUGACUCUGCACGAUCAAGUAAAAAGCCAAAUGUUGCUGUUGCAGAAUCUUCUACUACUGAUGAAGGAACAAGUCGUAAACCAAAUACCAAAAAAGAAACUGAUAGCAAACGUCCUAAAAAAUCUGGUCCAAUGAAAGCUGAUCUUCCUUUAAGUGCAGUCACAAAGACACCUGUGAGAAAAAACCAAGACAUACAAAGGCGACCUUUAUCUGGUUCAUUGAGGCAAAAGUCAAAAUCUUUUACUAAUAUAAGUAACAUCAAACCGGCUUCACCGCGACUGCAAUCUCCCGGAAGUGAUACAACCGAAGUGCAGAAUUUGGACUCAGUUGCACUGCGUGAGCAGAUAUACUAUGAUUGGCUGCAAAGAAAAAAAUCAUCGGAUCAAAUUGUUCGAAAAUCAUCCGGAAGAAAGAAAAAGGAAGAAGAAGAAGAAAAUGAAAACAAAGAACGGGAAAGAAAACUUUUGGCUCAAAAAUCUUAUGAUGCUUGGAACGAGAAAAAAAUUGAAAUGUUGAAAUCAAAAAAAGAUACUGAGAAAACAAUAAAAAGUACUGAAAAAGAGAAAUUAGAAGAACAACAACAACGUAAACAAGACGCAAAGAAAUUUUUCGAAUCGUGGAAAGAGCAAAAAGACCAAAUGUUAAAGGAGCAAAACAGAAAUAAGCUAAAAACAGAAAAAGAAAGGAAGAAGAAAGAAUUUGGAGAUAAAGUUGAGCGUUCAGCGGAUGCGCAGAAAACGUUUGAUAAUUGGAAAUCUAAAAAGGAUGAAGUAUUAAAGGAGAAGAAAAGAGCGAAGAAGAAGGAAAACGAAGCUGUUAUGGAGGCAGAGCUUGAGAAAUUAGACCGAAAACAACAAGCUAACAGAGUCUACGAAAGUUGGAAAGAAAAGCGUGCAAAAUCAAAAUCGCGACCAACAAGUGCACUGGUACAGAGGCCCUGGUGUCCAUCAAGUCGCAACGCUGGUCCAAGCGUCAUUCCUGGUGACGUGCAACCUGUUAUUGUGCGCACUGCGCCACCAAGUCGCGUGAGAACAAUGAGCGCUACGGCGCGCUUGCAAAGCAACACGAAGAGAUCGAAAUAAUACAUUCAAAUUCUUUUUUAAAAAUAUUUAAAAUAUGAGCUAUACUACAACAUAUUAUACAUCAUGACAUUAUGUCGUGGUAUUAGUAUGCUUUCAAGGUUAGCGUAAUAAAUAGCUUCUUAUUUUUUUAUGUAUAUAUGUUAAAUUUACUAAAUUGUUGAAUAUAUUUAUGUCUAGAUUA